CUGCUGAAUACUGCUUGCUAAAUACACAUCAGAAAAAUGAAGAAAUCAAAACCAACGAUAGGGAAAAUUUUAGGACAUCUGGUUGAAAUGAACAAGAAUCAGCAGGAGGCAAACCGUCAGCUUCAUGAUGAGAUUCAUGGAUUAGUGGAAAUGAACAAGAGCCAGCAGGAGGGAAACCGUCAGCUUCAGGAUCAGAUUCGUGAAUUGGUUGACAUGAACAGGAACCAGCAAGAGGGAUUCCAACAGUUUUUUCAAAUGCUAACUAACCAAAGAACGAUGUUCCCCCAACAACAUGAAAGGCAUCAAGUCACAGCUGGAGAGGUUCCCAGGCUCAGCAUUGGACCUUUGGAAGAUUCAGAUACUUCAGGUAAUUAUAUUCCAGAAGAGUACACAGAAUAUGACAAAAUAGAGAUGACAGGGAAUACGUGGGGAAGCUCCAUCCUGCAGUUCAACUCUGGUCCAAGUGAGACAUUUCCCUCUGGGGACAGUCGGCUUUUACAGGAUUCUGGCCAGAAGGAUCGAGGUCAGUUGCCCUCAGGUGGCAUGUUCUUGGCGCUGUGGGUGAAAAAAGACUCUAUACUGUUAGCAACAGUGCCCCCUGCUGUCCCAGACUGGAAGUACAUUCCUCCAAGGAGCCUGAAAGACAGUGAUACUGGUGAUGAAGGAACAAGCAACGGUGGUGUGACUUCUACCAAUGAAAGGCAAACGCUACCAUCUCAGACCACCAAGAAAAGUUUAACUCCUAAAAGUUCAGGUAAUUACAGGAAAUGUAAGGAAGGUUCUUCUUCAGCAGUAAUAAAAAAACUUUUGAGAAAACAAACAAUUCCUAUUAUCUGUAAGAAAACAAAAGGAGAAUUCUACAGAAAUGAGAUUGAAAAAAAAGGUGUCCCUUCUAUAUGUUCUAAGGGCAAGUGGUUCUUCCCUGGUGAAUUUGAACUUUUAUCAGGAAAUGAAAAGUCAAAAAAUUGGAAGAAGAGCAUAUAUAUCGAUAUGAAAAGGCUUAAGAAACAUUCAAAUAUGUCUGAUGAUGACCUAACCAAACUUGGCAGGAUUACACUCUAUGACUUGUUUAUGCAAACAAAACAGAAACUUCCGAAUCAGAAAGUACGCAUAUCAGUCAUUAUGAAAAGUCGACAUUUAUUUAAAAGUGAAGUCUGAGAUUGGAUGAAACGUUUGGAAUAACCUAUGGCUUGAUAUAUUGUUAUUUCUCAAAAAUUACUGGAUGCAUAGUUUUAAACUUCAACUGAAAUGAACACUGCAACACAUGACAAAGUUUAUAUAAUGUUUAUAUUUAUCAAUAAUUUCUUGUAAUUUUUGAUAUAGUGCACCCCUCAAGAGACCAUUGAGAGGAGAAGUCUAGACUUAAAAUGUUUUAUAAUAAUCAAAAUAAGUUAAGUUAGACAGAAUAUUAGAUUAUUUUAGUGGGAACCUCACCCCAUUCCAUUCUCUCUCUUUCCUUUUUGCUGGUCUUCCCUUAAUUGUUAAUUCUUUUUCCACGCUUCCUCUUUAAGUUGAAGAGCUCAGUUUAUCUAUCAAUUAGUGAUUUCACCUUUACUGUUCGUAGCCCGGCCACUGAGGCGUUAACUGCUGAUGCCCUUCUUAUUCGCCUUUGCAGGCUGGCUUAUGUUUUGUUUUAUAGGAGUAUAAAUUUAGAUGCCAUUUAUUUUCCCAACUGAAUGUUGUUUAACUAAUUUUAGAUUAAAGGCUUUCUUUUGAGGUUUUUUGGGGUUUGUUCCAAAACUGAUUUUGGUUUAGCGUGUUAAGUAUUUGGGUUAGGGUGGGUGCUCCUUCUCUUUCUCCUGUUAGCCUUUUGGCUUUUGGUUGGUGUUUUUAGUAUGUUAGCAAAGAUUUAGUUAAGGGAGGGCCCCAGUGGCUGCAGGUUUUCAUUCUAACCCGUUUCUUAAUUAGUGGCCUGUUUUUGCUACUAAUGAACUUCUUUUGAUUUAAUUUUAAUUGACUUGUUUUUAAAGAUAUGUUUUCCUGAUUUCUUAAUUUCUUUCCUUAAACGGCACCCAAAAAGAAAUGAAAUAUGAAGUGAGGGAGCCAACAGAAGACCAACUAAGUCAGGGGCUCAAAUUCCAACCAAUUUCACUCCAAACAGUUGCUUAAUUAGGCACCGAUUCUCAUUAUUAAUUAAAUUUGUUCUUUAAUUCCACGGUUUACUGCAGCUCUCAUUGUGCAAUAGCAGACAUUUCCUCUCUUUUCUAAGAACACUGUUAAAAUGUUUUGGGUAUCUGAGCAGAUGAGCAUCGUUCUUUAUAUUCAGAUAUUGUAUGAUGGACACAGUUUUGCUGGUCAUGUUUUGGCUCAUUUUGUAUCUCAUUAUUGUUUGGCUGCAAAUUAAGGAAAAAGAAACAAUUAAGGGGUCUGAGUCUUCAAGAGAAAGUGAAUUACAAUCAAUUCAAAAGAAGUUCUUUAGCAGCAAAAACAGGUCACUAAUUAAGAAAAGGGUUAGAAUGAAAACCUGCAGCCACUGCGGCCCUCCAGGACUGGUGUCUGAGAACCCUGAUUUAGUUUAAUCUCUUUUGCUUACAGGUUUAGUCAAUUCAUUUUCCUUUCUACUUAAUUUGUAGUCAUACUUUAAUAAUGAAGUAUUGAUUUAAUUUCUUAAUAAGCUUAAUUGUGUUAAUAGUCACUUAAGAAUUUUUUAAAUGAUUUCAUUUCUGUCUAAUUAUAGUAUAAGAUUGUCUUUUAUUUGUUUGAACUCGAGUUAAUUAGUUAUGUUGCAUCUUUGCCAGGCUGAAUCUACAAAUCAAAAAAGUAAAUUGUGAAAACCUUAAACAAAUAAACUUGGAUUAAUGCAA